GAUUGUCGACUGACAUCAGGGACGACUUCCUGUUGUGAAUUCUCUUUGCUUUGCCUACGACUUCUGGAUCGACAAUAAUAAUAAUGCCUUUAGUUAUGAAAAUGCCUCCUUAGAUUUGAAAAGAGCGAGAAAAAAUGGCCUUGGUUACUAUUCAACGUUCGCCUAGCCCAAGCACUGACCCUGACUUGGAAACUGCCGACAGCUCUGAAGAUGUAAGUGAUGGACGUUCACAGAUUCGCAAAAGGUCGAAGACACCACGGGAAAAGCUGAGAAAAAUAUUCAGCACUGUCCGCUUUAUCUCAAAGCUCAGGCCAUGCCUGAGCGAGAGCUACUUCACCGUGAAGGGGGCGGCGCUCAUCCUCCCACACAACGAGUGCAACAAGAAAUCUGUCAAGAAAACUCAUGGAGGAGAGCUCCAGAGCCACCUGCAGGCUAUGCUACAUCUGCUGCGGCCCGAGGACAAGAUCAAAAUUGCGGUGCGACUGGAGGACACGGUGCCCACCUACCACCGGUACCUGGCCGUGGUCUCCACCAACGGGAAGCAGGACACAGAGGAGGCGGUGGUGCUGGGCAUGGGCUGUUCUGGGACCGAGGCGGACAUCGGGCUUGUCAUGCCUGUCUGGAUGGGGCUACGGCUGCAGCUGGGCGGGGAUGGAGGGUUCAGUUUGUGCAUGGAUGAGCUGGCCUAUCUGUUCAAGCCAGUGUCGGUGCAAGCCAUGUGGUCAGCGAUUCAGCACCUGGUCAAGGUGAUGCAUGUGGCAGAAGACAGGAAGUACAUUCACGACGGCCUCACGCACACCUGGGUCGGCUACUACCGCUCGCGCAUCGACCAUCGAGACACCGCGAAAACGUGCCAGUGGAACAACGAGGGUGUGGACACUUACGCUCCGUCAUCUCUGUCCAUCAACUCUGACGAUGAGAACGAGCAGAUCAAACGUGUCAUCAGCCAGAAGUUGAAGGAGGUCAUGAUGACUGUCGAUUUGGACGAGGCCACGUCAAUUGGGCUGAGGAAGGCAGUGGAGGCAAAGAUGGGGAUCUCUCUGACCUCGUUGAAAAGCUACUUUGACGAAGAAGUGAUGAGGAUUCUGGGACAGAUGGACGAGCCCUCCAAGAUUCUGGACUUCCUGUACCUGGGCUCGGAGUGGAACGCCUGCAACCUGGAGGAGCUGAAAGGAAAAGGGAUCGGCUACAUCCUGAACGUGACGCGGGAAAUUGACAAUUUCUUCAUGGGCAUGUUCCAGUACUACAACGUACGUCUCUACGACGUGGAGGAGUCGGACCUCCUCAAGCACUGGGACAAGACCUACAAGUUUAUCGCCAAGGCCAGAGAUCACAAUUCCAAAGUACUCGUCCACUGCAAGAUGGGCAUCAGUCGAUCAGCUUCAACCGUUAUGGCGUACUUAAUGAAAGAGAACCGCUGGGGCGUCGAUGAAGCCUACCAGUUUGUGAAAAGCCGCCGUAGCUGUGUGCGUCCCAACGAAGGCUUCAUGGAGCAGCUGCACAUGUAUGAGGCUAUCCUCACUGCCAGCAACAAACGAGACAUCUUUCGCUGUCAGUCGGAUCAGAAUCUGCUGGAUGAGCCGGGCAAGGAGGAGAUGGACACGUCCCAGGGCUCUUUUUUAGGCGACAGUCUCUUCCAUGUGAUGUCUCACUCUGAGUGGCCCACGGCUGCUGGGAGUGGGGCUCAUGAGGAAGAGUGGAUGCACCAACUUCACACAGGGUCUGUUCCCAACUCAGACUUGAUGCACAUAGAAGCAGACGUGGAAACAGAAUCUCGCAGCGCCGACUCUAUAGAGGAGGCUCUACCAGAUAUGCCAUCGCCCCCUCCCACAAAUCAAAGGGAGGUUAUACUCACGUCUGCUGACCAAAGUCUUUCAGCAACUUUAUCAUCAUCAUCACCACCAACAGGAGCGACCGUGGGUUUAAUGGAGGGAGGAGAUAGGGCUUGCGGAGGUCUGAGCUUUGUUGAUACAGCUGAGGGCAACAUGUGGCUCAAGCAGGAAGGAAUAGAUGAUGCAGCAUACCUCUCGAUGCAGGGAGGAGGGGGGAUGUCCAACGCUGCCCUCGGUCCAUCGCGAAUUCGGCCGGACAGCUCUUGGAUCCGGCUUGAUGCCGUUGAAGAUGAGACUUCUACGGACGGUCCCCCAAAAAUUUCGGAGGAUGGCGAAGAGCAGACUCUGCCGUCGGGGGAGAGUUCUGUGGCGUGUGAGAUUUUGGACGACGCUAUGGCUCCGUUCGGGGAUGGAAGUGCUAGCGGAGGUCACGGCAGGGUCGAUGCGGAUGGUCGCGGCUUGUUAUUCUUACAAGACGCCACCGUCACAGACAGUUCCGACUUUAGUGAGGAUGCGAAGAAUAAGCCGGAUGCUCACUGUGAGGUCACACAGACUCCGACGAACCUAUCCCCCAGCAGUUUGCACAGCGCGCAAGUAGGUCAGCCGUCCGCCUUCACAAAGUACGUUGCCGAAGACUCGCAGCACCAGCAGCAGCAGAGGCGGGCUGAGCCAUCUCCCCGUGAUGCCUCCCAGCUCGACCCAUCGGCAAAAAUAGCAGGAGCAACCAAGGGCGGGUUCCUCAACACCUGUCAAUCACUGCCACAUCUGCAACAGGCCACGCCCAUCUCGUCUGUCCCUCCCGCCACGUCAUCGGCCCCACAUCAGCUCCCAGCAGGGAGAGUUGCCAGAGAUAAACUCCCUUUGGGUGUGACAAUGUCGUCAUCGUCUUCGUUAUCGUCACAUCGGCCACAGUUUGCUGACCCAGUUCUCUGUGGUGCAGGGGAGGAGGCGGUGUCCAAGUCUGGCACACACAGCCCAGGGGAAGAAGAGGCGGGAUUGGCUACUGAGUCCGAUAAGCCUCUCCUCAGAAAGGAGGGAGAUAAAGGAGAACCUUUGGCAGAGCCACCGGCCGGGAAGAUUCCGCUGAGCAAAGUGGAGCUGGGAGUGAGGCAGUACUUCUUUCGGGAGAAGAUCCCCUGGAACCCGGGCCGCGUGCGCAAGAUGCGGGAAGAAAUUAACACAACGGGGCAGAUCUGGGGAGAGGAUGCGGAGAAGGGGUCACCCGGCUCAGGGGAGGGAAGCGAGGAGGGUAGCAGCGGUGGUGGAAAUGGAUGGCUCUGUCCUGCUGGGUCAGAAGUGAGCAGCGACCAGGCGCUGCUGGAGCAGCUAGCUGAGCAGCCGGCCUUGACCCCUCUGUCGCAGUCGCAGAGCUGCAUGGAGCUGUACGUACUUCCACCGGCCGCUGAGGGGGAGGAGUCGUGCCCCUUGAGCCUGUACCAGAAGGAGGAAAUCCCGCUGGAGCCCGGCACCGUGCUCAGGACGCGGCUGGAGAUUGAGGAGAGACAGCGUUUGUUUUGCGGUGAGAGUGACCAGGAGAUUUUCGGCACCACUCGGCCCGUGGUCCGCACAGCCAGUCUCAAGCGAGAUUCGGAGAGCCCUCGGCCGCGCUACUGUGAGCAGCGGCGGAUGACAUGCGGGCCCAUCAUGUCGCCGCUCAGCGGGAAGUCUCUGGAUGACCUCCGACCUGUUGGGUCAGCUGACGACAACGACAUCAGCAACUUUUCAUUUCCUGUUUUCCGCGGUUUUCCAGGUCAAGCAGAAACUACGGAGGGCGGAGAAAGGAAGACAGCGGAGCAGAUGAGGGAGAGUUCGUGUGGUCAGGUACUGGCUACCAGUAAAGAACCAGACACAACUGUGCCUGACCAGUGGUCAAGCAUGGCUGGAGCCUCGGAGUCGACCAUCAUCGAGCCCGGACUGGUCAAGAAACAGACACAAGAACUGGAGCAAAAGUGUGACCUUGAGAGGUCAGUAACGUGUGCUGUCCCAGAAGGCCUUUCCGCGGACCAGACCAUGGAUGGUCAGCAUAUGGCAGAAACAACAGACACGCCACGCGCCAUAAAGGGUAACUUUGACGACGAAACGCUGGCGCUGAUCAGGGAGAUUGGCUCAGCUCUGUUGAUGAGUCCCACCCCGCAGAAAUCGGCGCAGGAAGACAAUGAAGAGGAAGAGGACUCCUGUUCCAAUAUGGUUCGCUACUUCGUGCGCAAAAUCGAGAAGCAAGCCAAGCCAUCUCCUGUAGAGUCAUCUGGAAGUAACGCUCUCGUAGACAUCUGUGGUCAAAAGCCAUCUGAAAUUCCGUCGAAAGAGGAUGCCUUGAGAUUAGCGCAACAAAGGGCCGUCUCCACUAUAGGAGUUGCUGUCUCAGCUCAUCUGUCGGGCCAGUGUGCGGAACAUUCUGGAGGUUUCAGAAUGCAAGACAUGUCAUGUGGUGAGGGGGCCUUCCGAUCAGUGGGUCAUGUCGCCAUGGGAGAUCAAGCGAGCGGGACAGAGGGAGGGUUUCCCAUCUCACCAGGCCGCUCUGCUGUCGCUGGAGAUGAAGGGAGGAAACUUGGUGCUGCAACAACGAGUCCACAGUCACCGGGUAGUGGUCUCCACUUGCCCCUGGACAGAAUGGACGAAGAGAGUUUGUCGUCGGUCAGUCUGACAUCCUCUCCGAUGGUGAGUCGAGCGGGGCACUCGAGCAGCGAGGAGCCCUCCGUGGUCAGGCAUUUGGUGGGCAGGUUUGAGAUCAAAAGCCCGGACCGAAUGACUCCCGAUUUCGGCCAGGAUUACUCGCUGAAACACCGAGAUUCUGCCAUGGACUCCUCGCCGUGCAGAGGCUCUCCAGAAUCACAGAGUGACUCUAGUAAAACGACUUCACUCUAUCCUACGAGUGAUGGAAGCCAGUUUGGGAGUGCAACAGGUGACUUGGCUGGCACAGAGUCCAAAUCCAACAAGUUAUUUUCUACGCCCAUGGAGACGGGCGGCGAGGUUCCACUACACUUUCAGCAAUCAAAAUUUCCGGGCACCUCUCCCCCAAUGUCGUCAGUGCCGCCGUCUGUUGCCCUGGGUACAUCUCCGCUGUCAGUGUCAUCCCACAUGGCACGACAGAAGCAUCGAACCCCGGAGGCUCAGCACACUCUGCGAUCCGCUGGGGCAGCCACCAAAAGUAGUUUGGCUUUUGACAUUGCAGUUGAACUUUAUGAGUUAGGGGACACUCCCAAGACAGAAGGGGACGCCAUGACUGCGGAGAAAAUCGACGAUUCCGACGUUGCACUGCGACAACCGGUUCCCACCCCGUUCAGCAAAGACGGCCUUAUGGCCUUGGAGAAGAAAAGCUGGCGUCCAGUGCGGCCGCAGUCCGGCGGUGGCGGUCACCACAGUCAGAGACAUUCGGUGUCCGAGGGUCAGUUUGACCCCAUGGGUUCUUUACACGGGAGCUCGGGAGACAAGAGGAGCGGCGGGCAGCAGUUGGAGCUGUACGAGUCUCCGCACGGCCUGGAGGUGGACACCACGCUGCGGCAGGUGUCGGACGAAGGGCGGAAGAUCCGACGGCUGCACGGCAAAUCCCACCCGCUGACAAAAUUGUCGCAGAAGAGAGUGGGGGGUGGUCCAUUUCACAGCUCAAUGUGAUGAUUCAAAAAGGAAAAACAAAACAAAAGAGCUGCUACCAAGAGAUAUUAUACCGAAAGGAGAGAGUGGAGUAGGGUAGACCCCCCCCCCUCACACAAUCUUUCAACACUUCUCCUUUCUCUUUCAUUAAAUGCAUGUGUGCACGUUGCCAUUUCUCAAAAGUGCACCACCGGAGGACUGGGUUCACGUGGCCGUCUACUGGCUCAAGUACUUCACUUUUCACAAGGAGCUGAGACUCAUUGCCUUACCCGCCGCAAUAAAGUGUGCCGAUUCGCCAGUGCCAGCUCCAUGCCAAGCCAAAAGACGGGACGGAUAAGAUACGACAAGAGGACUAGAUUUCGAAACGGUUUGCUUUGCAGAUGACUAUCUUGCCCUAAACUUUAAUCACAGCGAGGAAUUACAUGUAUGGAUGUUCAGAUUCAAAGAGUUGAAGAUAUUCUUCUGCUUUGCUCCUUUUGUAGAGUAUAGGGCUAUAUAUGUAUGAGGCAUAUAUGUUUGCAAUGUGAUAGAGUAGUUAUUGGUAGCGAGUGUGUGUGUGUGUGUGUUUCUUUUAGUGUGUUUGUUACAUAGUCAAGCUCUGCAAAGACGUGUUUGAUCGAGGAGUGAUGCUGGUUUUGACUCUGAACAACUUCUUUGAAAGUUUUUGACAUGAACAAAUGAUAGCGGUGGUAUUAUAAUGUAUUUCUUUCACAUAAAUGUGUCUCGUUGCGGUGGAACCGGGCACUCGUCAAUUUUUGGCCAUGUGGAGUUAUUGGUAUCUUCUGAAAGCUUAUUCAUUUGCCUUGAUUUUUAUGGAAAAAAAA